UUCGUUGGGCUAGUGUGACGUCACCGUUAUCCGUGGCUCGUCGUCUGUUCGUCAAGGAACGUCAACAACGGACCGUUUUGUUUUGGUCUAGAAUCAGAAGCUGUGUGCGAAUUUGCUGUCAUAAUUCAAAAGUCUAAUCUCUCGAUCUUUUGAUUAGAGCCACAGUAACCUCAAGGACCAGAAGAACAUUUACUUUUCUCGGCAUUUACAACUUGCCCUUCAUUACAAUGCUGACCAUUUACGUCGAAAGAGCUCUGUCUCCUGCUUUCAAAAAUCCAACAUACGUCCAUGGUGGUGCUAGCUUGAGCGGCUUGUUUAGUUGGGCUCAGGAAAGUCUCCCCUUCUCUGAAGGCGAAAUUUACUUCAUCCACAAUGGCAAGAGAAUACAAGAUGAUGCCCACAUAUCAGAUGGUGUUGUCAGGGUUGUUCCUCGGCUACUGGGUGGGAAAGGUGGUUUUGGUUCCAUGUUGCGAGCCAUUGGUGCCCAGAUUGAAAAAACAACCAACCGGGAGGCUUGUCGCGAUUUGAGUGGUCGUAGGUUGCGAGAUAUAAAUGAAGAAAAACGAUUGAAAAACUGGAUAAGCAAAAAGGCAGAUCGUGAACGUGAAGCUCUGGAACGUAAACAAAAGAAGUUGGACAAACUGCGCUCAGAGCCCAAAAUUGAAUUUUCUGACAAGAAAUAUGAAGAAGAAAGAUCUAAACUAACCGAUGUUGUUCAUGACGCUGUGGAAAAAGGCUUCCAGGCAUCUACCUCUAAUCCCAGCAGUAGUGGUGCAGUGAAGAAACCCACCACAAGGAAGGGAUUUAUGUUUGAAGAGGAGGAGUUUAGUGAUGAUUCAGUGGACAGCUCAGAUGAUCAAUCAGAAACAGAAGAAAAUUCACUGAAGAGAAAAGCACCAUCAGACUCUGAUGAGCCUAGUCCUGCCAAGAAACACCUUGCUACAGAAGAGGAGUCCUCAGAUUCUUCCAGCGAUUCUAGUGAAAAGCCUGAGCUUGUCAGCAAGACUUCUUCUGUCAGUAGCUAGUUAAGUCUUUAAAAAUUAAAUAUUAGGGUUUGCCAGAUUUUUGUACAUCAGACAAGAUUGUUGCAAAGUAGUGGUAGUUUGUUUUGGAUGAAAUGUAAAAUAAAUAAGAAUUAAAAGUAAACCCUUUAUUAAGUAUAAAAAA